UCGGCGACGAUGAGCGGAGGUAGCCGAAGCCGGGGAGAAGUGGAAGCGGGGGGGAAGAGGGGGGGAAGUGAAAGCAGAGGUGGUCGGACGUCGGCGCCGAUGCGCGGAUUGAGAUCCGGAUCGGGAUCCGGAUCCGGAUCCAGAUCGAGAUUGGCUUCGAGAUCGGGAUCAGAAAACGAAAGCGGAGGCGGGCGGAGCUCGGCGGCGAUGAGCGGAGGUAGCCGAAGCCGAGCGGAGGUGGCCGGAGGUGAGCGGAGGUGGGCCAAGAAAGGUGGAGGCCGAGGAAGCGGAGGUGGAAGCGGAAGUGGGGGAAAAGCGGCAGUGGGGGUUGGUGCGGGGGGGAAGCAUUGGUGUGGGGGGGCAGCGAGGGUUCAUGAUCUGGAUCGGGUUCGGGAUCUGGAUCGGGAUCGGAGAUGGAUGGACGUAGGCAGACCUAGGCAGAGGGCAUUUGCCGAUCGCGAUGGCCAUCUCGGAGUGGAUGACCCCGGUUCUUUGGCGUGAGCGCAUGACAUACCCUUUUCCCCCAUGCUCGCUACGUGUCUCCGGCAGUGGACACUCCAUUGUUAUUGACGGUGCGACAAGAG